AUGUCCCGCCCACUCGUCCCUCUCCUCUUCGGUGCGUCCCGGUGUAAUGGGUAUAUCCGGCUACGGCCAUUCUCGACCACCCGUGUACGCACCGAUGCUGCAAGGGAAGCGGAGAAGGCCGCGCUUGCCGAUGAACAGGCGCGGAUUUACGCCCAGUUCCGACCUGUCGUUGACGCAUUCGACGCGCCGAUCGACAUGGCCGUCGCGUAUGGUAGUGGGGUGGUCAAGCAGGCCAACAAGACUGGGCCACCACCCCUUACAGACUUUAUCAUCGCGACGCCCUCGGCCCGCGCAUUCCACGCCACAAACCUUCGCCAACACCCCUCCCACUACCCCCUCUACGCGCGCCUCAUCGGUCCUUCAGCACUAGCAUGGAUGACGGACAAGCUCGGCGCUGGGUUGUGGUAUGUGACCAUGGUCAAGUUUGGCGAUCUCGAAGUAAAAUACGGCAUCCUCUCCACGGCCACCCUAACCCGCGACCUCAAACACUGGGAGACCCUCUACGUCGCCGGACGACUCCACAAGCCCGUCCUCACAUUACAGGUCGACCCAUCUCUGGCAGACCCAUUGGCGGCGAAUAACCGCGCCGCGCUCUCGCUCGCCCUCCUUAACCUGCCCGAACAGUUCACCGAGCUCGAGUUGUGGGAGAAAGUCGCGGGGAUCAGUUACUCGGGCGACCCAAGGAUGAGUGUCCCCGGCGCUGAGAAUCCUGACAAGGUGCGGAAUAUCGUGCGUGGGCCGGGCGUGCUCGGCGCUUUUAGAGGGCUGUAUGCGCCGCAUGUCGCUGGUGCCGGGUUGAGGUGGGCCGACCAGCAGCGGCCAGGAGAGCCAGAAGAGCCAGAAGAGGCCAAACAGGCUGGAGAGGCAGAGGGGUUGGAAUGGCGCGGGGCGGGGGAACGCGCCCUCGCCCAGCCAAGUUCACCAGAACACGCUGGCUCGCUCCUGGCUGCUCUUCCUCUGCGCUUGCGGCAACGCCUAGCCGCCCACUUCCGGCCGACUGUCGCUGCAGCCCUUCUUUCGCGCCAGGUGGCUGCAGAGCGGCGCGAGAUCCGCGAGCGCCGCGCCGCUGCCAAGGCCGCAAAGGGCAGCCGGGCGCUGUACGACGACGCCGAGUUCUGGCAACGCGUGGCUGCACAGGACGGCUUUGUCGAGGUUGUCAACAACGAGGUCCGCCACAUCAUCAAGCGGCCGGCGCUUGCGCAGAGCGUCAAAGGUCUCGUGACGGCCGGGUUCAGCAAGAGUGUAGUGUACAGCCUGGCCAAGUUCAAAAAGUGGCUGGCAGGGAGGAAGAAGAAGUAG